UCGAGAGCAGGCCGAAAGCUGUUCCCGGUUUUGUAGACUCUUGGGAUCGCGCUGGGGUUUCCCUUUCGCGCCGGGUCGGAGUUGUAAAGCCAUUGGAACUCCGAGAUCUGAAAAUGGGAUGCGCUCUUUCUUCGGCGACGCCUGUUUUGGAAUCUGUCUGGAGCUAGGAGCCCAGACGUCCGCCCCUCCGCCUUGAAUGGCACCGCCGACCGGUUUCUGAAGGAUCUGCCGGCUGGAGCGUUCGCUGCGGUCGGCCGACACCGUGCGGGAACUUCGGCGGUGCUACUAGACAGUACUUCAGAAGCCGCACCUUCUAACUUUCCCACACCGAUCACACCCUGACACCCCCCGCGGCGGACUACGUUGGCGACUGGGAGCCAUUCCGUAGUGCCAUUCCGAGCAACGCACUGCCGCAGCUUCUCUGAACCUUUUCAGCAAGUUUGUUCAAGAUUGGCUCCCAAGAAUCAUGGACUGUUAUUAUAUGCCUUGUUUUCUGUCAAGACACCAUGAUUCCUGGUAACCGAAUGCUGAUGGUCGUUUUAUUAUGCCAAGUCCUGCUAGGAGGCGCGAGCCAUGCUAGUUUGAUACCUGAGACCGGGAAGAAAAAAGUCGCCGAGAUUCAGGGCCACGCGGGAGGACGCCGCUCAGGGCAGAGCCAUGAGCUCCUGCGGGACUUCGAGGCGACACUUCUCCAGAUGUUUGGGCUGCGCCGCCGUCCGCAGCCGAGCAAGAGCGUCGUCAUCCCGGAUUACAUGAGGGAUCUUUACCGGCUCCAGUCUGGGGAAGAGGAGGAGGAAGAGCAGAGCCAGGGGACCGGGCUGGAGUACCCCGAGCGCCCAGCCAGCCGGGCCAACACCGUGAGGAGUUUCCAUCACGAAGAACAUCUGGAGAACAUCCCGGGGACCAGUGAGAACUCUGCCUUUCGCUUCCUCUUCAACCUCAGCAGCAUCCCAGAGAAUGAGGCCAUCUCUUCUGCAGAGCUCCGGCUGUUUAGGGAGCAAGUGGACCAGGGUCCUGACUGGGAACAGGGCUUCCACCGUAUAAACAUUUAUGAGGUUAUGAAGCCCCCAGCAGAAACAGAGCCUGGACACCUCAUCACACGACUACUGGACACCAGACUAGUCCACCACAAUGUGACACGGUGGGAAACUUUCGAUGUGAGCCCUGCGGUCCUUCGCUGGACCCGGGAAAAGCAGCCCAAUUAUGGGCUAGCCAUUGAGGUGACUCACCUCCACCAGACACGGACCCACCAGGGCCAGCAUGUCAGGAUUAGCCGAUCGUUACCUCAAGGGAGUGGAGAUUGGGCCCAGCUCCGGCCCCUCCUGGUCACUUUUGGCCAUGAUGGCCGGGGUCAUACCUUGACCCGCCGCAGGAGGGCCAAGCGUAGUCCCAAGCAUCACCCACAGCGGUCCAGGAAGAAGAAUAAGAACUGCCGCCGCCACUCACUCUAUGUGGACUUCAGUGAUGUGGGCUGGAAUGACUGGAUUGUGGCCCCACCAGGCUACCAGGCCUUCUACUGCCAUGGGGACUGCCCUUUUCCACUGGCGGAUCACCUCAACUCAACCAACCAUGCCAUUGUGCAGACCCUGGUCAACUCAGUUAAUUCUAGUAUUCCCAAGGCCUGUUGUGUCCCCACUGAACUGAGUGCCAUCUCCAUGUUGUAUCUGGAUGAGUAUGACAAGGUGGUAUUGAAAAAUUAUCAGGAGAUGGUGGUGGAGGGGUGUGGGUGCCGCUGAGACCAGGCAUCCCUGAGGAUACACACACACACACACACACACACACACACACACACACACAUUCCCAUCCAACCUCCUACACAUACCACACAGACUGCUUCCUUAUAGCUGGACUUUUAUCUUUAAAAAAAAAAAAGAAAAGAAAAGAAAAAAAACCUAAACAUUCACCUUGACCUUAUUUAUGACUUUACGUGCAAAUGUUUUGACCAUAUUGAUCAUAUAUUUUGACAAAAUAUAUUUAUAACUACGUAUUAAAAGAAAAUAAAAUGAGUCAUUAUUUUAAAGAUAAA